ACACUAGUAACGCCAUACUUCUAAAAUGCUUUUUUCGGGCGAGUUUACAUUAUCCGCAUAAAAUCAAAAAAGCAGAAAAAAGAACUAAAAGAAGUAUUCGAAAAGUUGCCAUUUGGCAAAUAAAAUAAAUGAAAUUACCAAAUGUCAUAGCGUCAGUGUGAUUAACACGCAAAAAUAUUGCAAACGCGCAUUUUUCUGGGAAAAAGCGAUAGAAGAAAAAAAUUUAGAGUGGUGAAUAUUUCCGUUUUACGCAUUUUGCUGUGUUCGUCCAUCAGCUGCGGCUGUCAAAAGUUGGCGUGCCGUGGUGAAUAGCUGCAAGCCGAAAACAAAACACGACAAAACUAUGAACAACAUUUUGUGAACAGAAAACAGUAAUAAGAAACGUUUGUGCGUGUGCCAUUUGUGACUGUGCAAUGGAUAACCGUUUCAAAUGGCAACAACAAAGAGGUGGCUACAUGGAGCCACCCAAUUACGGUGGUCCUCCGCAUAUACCAAGAUCCACCUAUCAGGUACCCUACAAGAACUACAAGCGCAAUCACAAUAACUACGGCUACAACAAACAUCCUCCCAUUGGUCCUGGCGGUGGCAACAUCUAUUACAAGCCACCGCCGCCCCAGCAACAGCAGCAGCAGCAACAACAGCUACCACAACAUGCCAGAGGAGUCGACGGCGUUGGCUUAUCUCAAGUCCCUUUGCCGGAACCCGGGAGCAGCAGUAGCGGUUCAGAUGUUGUCGCAUUGAUAGUGGAGAACAACACGCUGAAAAAAAUGAUUGUGCUCCACUUGGAUUUAAUGCAUACUCAAAACGAAAGUUUAAUGGAGAAAGACAAGAAGUUGGAGGAUCAAAAUGGGCGCAUCAAGACCCUACUUUCUCAAAACCAGGAACUAAUGCAGCAGAUAGCCAAACUCAGCCAAACCAUUGAGGAUCUCCGCAAGGAGUUUCGCAGGCAUAUCAAGCGUUCAGCAAACGAAAUUGAUGAGCAGCCCAAGGCUAAAUAUCAAUGUUGUGCGGACAAGCAUACACAGACAAUAGAGUUUCUGCAGCAGGAGGCGCUGCAGCAAGGCUAUUCGACGCAUGCGACACAUUCGAACCAAACGCAAAAUGUUUUGGUUACAUCUGUUACAGAUUUGCCGCCAAGAACACCGGUUGUAGAGAAUAAUAAGUCUCGCAAUGAGUUCAAUGGCGGCAAGAAAGUCAGAACCUUCUUUUUGCAUCGUGUGCAUCAGGAGGAGGAGGAACAACAGCAGGAAGAAGAAGAACAGCAACAGGAAGAGGAAAAACAGCAAGAAGAGCAAAUUCAGAUAGACGACUUUCAUAGUCAGUUAGAAAUUGUAGAGGAAGAGCAGCUAGAGCAUGAGGAGCACGAGGAGCAUAUGGAGCACGCACAUCAUGAGCAGCACGAUGAACUUGAGGAGCACGAACUUCAAGAUCAGCACGAAGAACAUGAGCUGCAGGAACAACAUGAAGAGGAGGAGGAAGAAGAGCAGGUGGAAGAGGAGCAGGUGGAAGAGGAGCAGGUGGAAGAGGAGCAGGUGGAAGAGGAGGAAGUGGAAAUGGAAAUGGAGAUUGACGAGGAACAGGAACAUGUGGAUAUUGAAACGCCCGAAGCACAUGACAUGGAAAUCGGUAACGAAACUAUUAUCGGAGCUGAAGAAGAGCUGGGUGCCGAAGAGGUGACAGUCGAUGAUAACAAUUACAAUGGCCACAUCUACGAGGAAGUAAUUGAGAUGGGCUCCGAAAUAGUUAACAAUGGCGACAUAGACAUGGGCAUGGAUGUCUCGCAACAAGAACUGCAAGAGGACUUGCUCCGACAGUUGCAAGAUACCGCGCACGCGAAGCCACACAAGAAAGUCUCAAGCAUCAUUAAAAAUGAGUUGAAAUAUUUAAAUUGUUCAGAGGAUAUUGUAAACAAAUGUUUCCAAUCGAAAAAAUGUGAUGAACCCACAUUGCCUGUGGCAGUAACAAAGACCACAAAGUCGCUAUUAAAAGUUGAGAAGAAUGAGAAGAAAGUAGAACAGCAGUUAAAAGAAGAGAAGGCGGAAGAGGUAAAUGCAGAAAAGGAGGCAGAGCGAGAGCAGAUUAAGGAGCAACAGGAGAAGAAGGAGCAUGAUGAGAAGGAGGACAAGUGCGAGAAGAAGGAGGAUACCACACACAUUUCUUAUGUUAAAGAGGAAAUUGAAGAAAAAACAAUUUCAGUAAUGUCACAAAAAGUAAGGCUGCAUUCGGCAACGGUUAAAACUGCGGCCAACCAUCGGAUAACCAAGUCGCAUGUGGAAACCACAAAGAAGGAGCGUAUUGUUAAACUUAAAAACCUGCCAGUAAAGGGACCGAAUACAGCAGCAAAAACAACAACACAAUCAACUGCAAGUGAAAAAGAAGGAAUGUCCGAUGCCAUACUAGAGCAAGAUACAGAGAACAUGGCACAGCAAAGAAAAAAGCGAAAGCAACAGCACGAGCAAAAGCAUACACAAAAGCAGGAGGGAGAGCUUAAAUUAACAAUGGAGCUUGAGGUGAUAAAGAAAAAGCUAAUGCAAAGCCUUGACGAGUCAUACCCGGAAUCCAAGUCGGAAAAACAGUCGAUGGAAAAUGAACGUAAAACUCCACGCGAAGGCAAGGAUCAAAGGCUGCCCAAGCAACUGAAGCAGAAACAGCAACAGCAUCAGCCUGAGGCAAACCAGGAGGAUCAGAAGCAGCCGAAGCAACUGAAGCAGAAGCAGCAACAUCAGUUGGAGGCGAACCAUCAGGCAACUGAGUCGCAGGUGAAAAGCGCAAGUAGUGCAGAUAAGUUGAAAAAUAAUCAGGCCACGGGGACAGCGAAUACACCGUAUACAAAGCACCAGGAGGCAACUUUAGGUACGUUUACGGAGGAAGAUGAAGAGGCGUGGAUGAAUCAGCUAAAUAUGAAACGGAUACAGCCGAAAGAUCCAGCGCUGUUACAAAAGCAAAAACAAGAAGCCGAGCAAAAGGAGAAACUGGAGCGGGAGCGAAAGGAGAAACUGGAGCGUGAGCGAAAGGAGAAACUGGAGCGCGAGCAAAAGGAGAAACUGGAGCGUGAGCAAAAGGAAAAUCUGGAGCGUGAGCAAAAACUACGACUAGAGCGCGAGAAGCUAAAGAGAAAAGUAAAUGAUAGCCCAAUAGAGCCACAGUUAGAAAAAGAAAAGCCCAUCGAGCAGGAGCGUAGUAAGACGCCACGUGGCAGCAAAGAGCUAAAACAGUCCAAACAGCAACAGCAGCAAGAGGAAAAGGAAGACCCCAACAUUGAGGAAGAGACGAAACGUAAGCUGCAUGAACAUCUGCAGAAGCAACAACAAAGAUUGCAGAGCCAGCAGCAACCAUUGCCGCUUGUGCGUCUCAAGAAAUCUCAGAUGCAGAAUACCAGCCUAAUCUAUCCACCCAUAGCGCAGACAAGCGCUACAAUUACGCCAGCACCAUCGCCGACAAAUGCAACGUCGCCCAGUUUGACUUUGUCGAGUAGUAGCAGUAAUAAUAAGCGAGCAGCAACAGCAGGAGUUGCAACUGUGCCAGCACCAGCAACAACAUCUAUACAAACGCCAUUAACGCCGCAGUCUAUUAGUAGCGUUAGCAGUGGCAGCAAUAGUAGCAACACCAACAACAACAAGAGCACAAUUAUUAAAAAACCGCGUAGCAAUUCCAGAUUUCUGACAUCGUUGGAGCCAUAUACGACACGUUCGUGGGAGGACCAAGAAUUUCACUGUGACAAUGAAUUCUUUUUGGAGGAAGCCGAUGAGCUGCUUGCCGACAAUCCCAGUCUCGAGAUACCCAAGUGGAAAGUGAUCCGCAAACAUCCCAGUGACGAUAAGCAUGACACGGAGCCAUUGAGUGAUAGCGAAUUUGUGCGUCGCCACGAAAAGUACGUGCGCGAUGAGAUUGAGCGUAAGAAGCGCGAUGCACGCUACAUACGCGAACAGAUGCGCAGCGAGGCGUUGCGUGUGCGUCAUAAUCAGGAUGAGGUGCUGGUGCCGCUUGAGCCCCUGCCUAUAUCAACAUUCUAUCCGCUGCCCGAGGACAUUGAGGCCAUAAACUAUGUAACCGAGGUGCCCGUUCAGGCAUUCGGCGAGAAUGUUGUCAAUCUACAGGCGGAGCCUAGUGAGAGCGAACCGAACUUUACGCUGCCCUGGCUCGAGGCGGUGCACGGUGAGACGGCGAUUGCCCGGCUCAGAGCGGAGGCUAUGCCAGUGGCAACAUUGGCCAGCAAAAAGCUGCCCACAUCGGCGGCAGAGGCGCGGCACCAAGAAAUGAAUUCAUCUUAUGUGUUCCUCAAGCGGCGAAAGCGGCAAAGGCGACGUUAGGCGUGCCGCAGCAGCAGCAGCACAGUUGCCACAUGCCACAUACCCACGGAUUGACGUUGCACAUUGCU